AUGAGCCAAGCCUCAACUCGUAACCAAGAUCUUAUCAAAGUGUUGCCUGGUUUACCUUAUUCACCACCCUUUCAACAACAUUCGGGAUAUUUGCAAGGUCUUGCCAGCAAUCAAUUACAUUAUUGGUUUGUUGAAUCACAACAUAAUCCUAAAACUGAUCCCUUGCUAUUAUGGUUAAAUGGUGGUCCUGGCUGUAGCUCGAUCGAUGGCUUAUUGACAGAAAAUGGCCCUUUUGCAGUGAAUGAUGAUGGUAAAACACUCUAUUAUCGUAAUACCACUUGGAAUAAGUUUGCUAAUGUGUUAUAUCUGGAAUCGCCCGCUGGUGUCGGCUUUUCCUAUAAUCAUGUUGGUAAAUAUCAUUGGAAUGACGAUGUUGUCGCCCAAAACAAUCAUGCGGCCUUACAUUCCUUUUUCAAGAAAUUUCCAUCAUUUACUAAAAAUCCAUUUUUUAUUACCGGUGAAAGUUACGCUGGCGUUUAUAUUCCAACGUUAGUGGCUCGAUUGCUCAACGAUAGUAGUAUUGCCUUGCAAGGUUUUGCUAUUGGUAAUGCUGUAUUAAGUGCAAAGUUCAAUACAGAUUCAUCAGUUUACUUUGCUUACUAUCAUGGCAUUAUUGGGGAUGAUUUGUGGGCCCAAUUACAGUUAUACUGUUGUACCAUUGAUGGUUGUCAAUUUUAUCAGACGAAAUCCCAGCAGUGCAAAAAGUAUUCCAUGCAAGUUCGGCAAAUGGUUAGUAAUCAUUUAAAUGAUUAUUAUAUUUACGGUGAUUGUCAAGGUGUAUCGGCAAAGCAAUUUCGAAUUCAACAUAUCUUGGAUGAUUGGGAUCAAGUAACAGGGACUGGCCAUCCUAAGGGGCAUCCAACGGCGCAUCCGACACCACCAGUUUUGCCGUGUAUUGAUUCCAAAGCUGAAACGAUCUAUCUUAAUCGACAUGAUGUACGCCAAGCUUUGCAUAUUCCACAUUAUGUACCUCCUUGGCGAGUAUGCAGUGCAGCGAUUAAUAAAGAUUACAAUCGAAAUGUUCGUUCUCCCAUCGAUUUAUUCCCGAAGUUACUUAAAAAGUUUCGCGCAUUGAUCUAUAACGGAGAUGUGGAUAUCGUAUGCAAUUUCUUGGGCGACGAAAUGGCUGUCAGUUCAUUAGAUCGUCGUGUCAUCGAGGAAAGGCGGCCAUGGUUUUAUAAUGAUACUUUAGGGCCACAGGUUGGAGGCUAUGUCGUCCGAUAUGAUAAAAUCGAUUUCUUAACCAUCCGUGGUGCAGGACAUAUGGCGCCUGCCAUUAAACCAUGGCAAACUUACCAAGCUAUAUAUAAUUUUGUAUUUAAUCGUACCUAUAGCGAUCUACCUAAUAUUGUUUAG